AUGCUGCGCUACGCCGUCCAAUACCCUGAUACGCUCGCGAUCUCCCCACUGACAGAUGUUUUCCCCCACCAAAAGUGCGAAUACCUCAGCGCCGUCGAUAGCUGCACGCACUGCCGCGAUGCACACGUGCAGUGCACCUUCGACUUGCCACUGGCCCGACGCGGUCCCAAAGCCAGGAAGAAAAGCGAUCUGCCUGGCCAGCCACCUUCAGAUCCGAGCGCGCUCUCCACCGGCGCCCGUGGAGCCGGCGCCCAGAUGCCGCCGCCGUUGGCCUUCUCCGGCCCCGCAGUAGGUGGACUGCAGCCCUUCAACUCGUCGUCGCUGUCGCCCGAGGCUCCGUGGGAGCCCGGCGAGCCUCUCAGCCUGGAGAACGGGCUGCCGCGGCAGCAGAUGGGCGAUCUGCCGGGCCUCUCCACCAUCCAAAACAUCUCGACGCGCCAGCGAUGGCUACACCUCGCCCAGGCCAUGACGCUGCGCAACACGACGCUGGAACGAGUGUCGAAGCGAUGUAUCGACCUCUUCUUUGACUACCUCUAUCCUCUCACCCCCCUGGUGUACGAGCCGGCCCUGCGGGAGGUCCUUGCAUACAUCUUCUCGCAGCCCAUACCCGGCAUGAACCAGCCCUCGCCCAUCGCGCAGCUCACGCCAGACCCGACGGCCGGGACCACCCCCCUCAGCGCUGCCGAGUCGUGGGCCGGCUUCGCGCAGCUCAAUGGCUCGCGAGCCGUUGGCAGCAGGCUGGCUCCCUGGGCCGAUUCGACCUUUACCCUGGUCACAGCUGUUUGCGCAGAGGCAGCAUUUAUGCUACCCAAAGACAUUUUCCCCGAAGGAGAAUCCGUCUCCGAAAUCUUUCUUGAGGCUUCUCGAGACUGUCUUCAUCAGCAUCUCGAGGCCGACCUGGAAAAUCCGACGGCAAACUCAAUUGCCAUUCGGUAUUUCCACUCCAAUUGCCUCCACGCCGCGGGGAAACCAAAGUACUCGUGGCACAUCUUUGGCGAGGCCAUUCGCCUGGCCCAAGUUAUGCAUCUUCACGAGGAGGCGUCGCUGGAAGGGCUUGUCCCCAUUGAGGCAGAGUUCCGUCGGCGCUGCUUCUGGAUUCUGUAUCUGGGGGACAAAUCCGCAGCCAUAUUGAACAACCGUCCCAUAACUAUCCACAAAUACUGCUUUGAUACGGGCAUCACCACCCUGUACCCGUCGGGGAUUGAGGACGAGUUCCUGAUUACGGCCUCUGAGCCGCCCAGGAAGAGCUUUAUUUCCGGCUUCAACGCCAAUGUGCGGCUUUGGCAGUCUGCGGCCGAUCUUUUACUGGAAAUCAGGGUGCUCCAAGACCAGAUGAUGCAACAUUUCCGCGGCAACCUGCCCCCCAAUCAUGUGCUGCCGUCUGCGGACAGGCAGCACCUCGACUCCCUCUAUGUUAGGUUCAUUACCUGUUUGGACGACCUCCCGCCGUACCUCCAAUCCUGCACUCUGGCCAUGGCGGCCAUGGCCGAGGGUAACGGGUCUGCGGAGUCGAAGCAGUACGUAAUUCAAUGCACGAAUCUGCAGGUGACUUUCCACUGCCUGCGCAUGGUAAUCACGCAGAAGUUUGAGGAUCUGUCUUACUUUGCUCCCGGAGUAGAGCAAGCAGACCUGAGAAAGUCGGAGAUUGUGCGAGAUAUGCUGAGGGUGAUGAACGAGGCGCCGUUUUGGGGUCUCCAAGCAAACGGCGAGCCAAAUGUUGAAAAGAUACGCCUUAUCGGAGCUAGUUUGCUAGCUAUUAUCCAUCGGCAUCAGGAUAACCCCCUGGCGACCCGAGCAAGGGGCGACUUUUCAGUACUUUUGGAUAUUCUGACGCGGCUAGACUCCAAGGCGUCUGAUCAGCUUCGGAAUACUUCCAAUACCGUUGUUGGCUAAAUCCUGCAAGGUACCAAGGGAGG